AUGAGAUCAAAAUUCAGUACAUGCAAAUUCUUGGUAGAAAUCAGUUGAAGUUGUUUGAUAUAAUUAUAAUCUUUGUAUAUUACUUAUUUAAUAACUGGAUAUAGUACUGAGUAUUUUUACUAAAAGCCGCCACAAUGAAUAAAAUCCUGUUAGUUGUUUUGAUUUUUACUGCCCUCUUGAUGGUGUCAGAGUCGAGCCCUUGUCGUCCAAGAAAAUCUAGUUGUCGGAGCAAGUGUGAAGAGAAAAGUCAUAAAAACAACUGUGACGACUCAUCAUCUUCUUCAUCGUCUUCGUCAUCAUCAUCGUCAGAAGAAGAUAAAAAUAAAUGCGACUCGUCUUCAUCAUCAUCGUCGUCAUCAUCAUCAUCGUCUGAAGAAAAUGAAGUUACCUGUAAGCGAAAUGAUCACGACUCUUCUUCUUCAUCUUCCUCGUCGUCCUCAUCUUCAGAGGAGGAAAAACCACGCAAGCAUCACCACAAGAAAGCUAAACAUAUUAAACAGUAGUCAGCACAGAAGCAAACGACUCAGUAUCAAAAUAUGUUAAAUAAACUGUACGUAUGAACAGUAUAAAGUGAUCCAAUAUAGUUGUUUUAUAUUCAGUAAAAAAAAAUAUUUUUGUAAAAAAAUUACUUUAUUGUAACUAUAACAAUUUGUAAAGUACAAAAGGCGGACGGCUAAAAAAAAUAAUCUAACAGUUUACCAUUGAGAGAACCUUUGUGUGGGUAAUAAUAAGUAAUGUAUCAUAAACAUAGUUACUAUACCGCAUAUACCUUAAAGCUAUGCUAAAUAUA